ACAACUCCUAUAUGGCUUCAAGUGCUUCAAACCCCUCCUCCUCCUCAGCAAACAACCUGAGAAUCCUGGUUGAAAGAAACCCCCCGGAGUCCAAAUUGUCUGAAUUGAACAUCAAGUGUUGGCCCAAGUGGGGUUGUCCACCAGGGAAAUAUCAGCUGAAGUUUGAUGCCGAGGAGACGUGUUACUUGGUGAAGGGCAAAGUGAAGGUCUAUCCAAGAGGGUCAUCUUCCUCCUCCUCCUCCUCCUCCUCCUCCUCAUCAUCAUCAUCAGAAGACCAAUUUGUGGAGUUUGGUGCUGGAGAUCUCGUGAUCAUCCCAAAGGGACUCAGCUGCACCUGGGAUGUCUCUGUUGCUGUCGAUAAAUACUACAAGUUCGAGUCCUCCUCUUCUUCUUAGUAUUCCACCUUUCAUUUCUUCUUCUUCUUCUUCUUUCUUCUUUCCAGUUUUGCAGUUUCUGUAUUGUCAAUCUCCACAUGCUAGCUAGCUCUUGUACUGUAUCUCUGAUCAAUGGCUCCCUCUCACUUGUGACUUGAUCUCUUCACAUCGAAUCAUAAUUCUUUCAAUUAGAAUUUG